CUGGUGCGUCGCAGGAAUAUCAACGGGUUGACACGUCAUCAACAGGCGCCGCAGAGCUACAGGAAGGCAUCAGCGACAUGCUUUUUUACUCGUUUUUCAAGUCUCUGGUGGGGAAGGACGUCGUGGUGGAGCUCAAAAAUGACCUGAGCAUCUGUGGGACUCUUCAUUCUGUCGACCAGUACCUGAACAUUAAGCUCACAGACAUCAGCGUCACAGACCCGGAGAAAUAUCCACACAUGCUGUCGGUGAAAAACUGCUUCAUCCGUGGAUCGGUGGUCCGCUACGUUCAGCUGCCUGCAGAUGAGGUGGACACGCAGCUGCUGCAGGACGCCGCGCGGAAGGAAGCCAUGCAGCAGAAGCAGUGAUGGGGCGGGGGGGGGCAGGGGGCGGGGUUAGGGUUUGUACGUUUGUGCAGCCGCUUUAUCUCUGAAAACAUUGUUUGACAUGAGGGAUCAUUUGCAGAAAGGUUUUGUUCAGAGUUUCGACGUCUUUGUUUGAUCCUGUUUUCAUUUAGUUUUAAAGAAAUGAACCAAUCAGAGAGGAAGCCUGCUGCGAUGUUUAGGGUUCAUAACAGGAACUGUUUUUGCUUAUUGGCUUAAAUUGUGGCUUUUUUUUUAAUGUCUGGGGAAUAAAAACUUUUAUUUAUAUUUCCA